AGCGAGUAAUAAACAUGGAUAAAUAUUUAUAGAGCAAAUAUGAUUUUAACUUAUUAAUGGACCAAAUUGCCGAAGUUGCUAAUACGUUGUCUCAUGAUGAUCUUCUUGAAGUUAGCAAAUCAUCACUUCAAACUAUCUUAAGUUCCGAUUCUUUGCUAUCCGAUUUGCCGCCGGAUAUUAUUUUAGAAGAAAUUCAAUCGCUGUUAGCUGUAGAGCACGGUCAAUCUAUUACAAUAUAUAUUUCGAGAGAAAACGAACAUCCCUUGAAAGUGAUUGUCCCACAAAACACGACAGUAAGAGAUCUAAAAAAGGCAAUUUCAAGACAUUUUCAGUUACAUCAAAAUAGAAUCGGUAAUAAAGUGAAAAUAUCAUGGAAAUAUAUUUGGAAAACAUAUAAUAUAAACUUUGACAGUUUGAUUCUUGAUGAUGAUAACAGUUGCAUUGCUAAUUAUGGAGUUACAAAUAAGGUUACAUUAGCGUUCAAGAAGAAAAGAAAAAAACCAAAAUUAUAACUAUAUUUGUUUAUUACUAAAAUAAUUGUAUCUGAUGAUGAUUAACUAGUGAAAGAUUUUACUUGCAGUAACAUAGUUUUAUAAUUGUAUAUAAUAGACAACUAUUAUUAAAAGAACAAUUAUAUUAUAUAAUAUAGAUUC